AUGAGAGUAUUAAAAAUUCUCUUUUUCGUUUUUCUUUCAACGCUUUUACCAUUUUCCGCGAUUGCUCAAUGUCUCAAGUGCUCAUCUUUGGACGGAGCUGCUUGCAUCAGUGAGAACCAAGUGUCUCCUUGUUCCGGUCUCUUUCCACGUCUCUCCGAAGCAAUUUCAUGUCCUGAAGGCUCCUUUUGCGUCAAUGGUGAAUGUCGCGAGGGUUCGAAUCCAUCUUGUACUGUUUGUGAGGAAUGCAACGAAGGCGGUCUCGCGUGUGUCAGCAAAACUCAAUAUCGGGAUUGCAUGAGUGGCGACAUCGUAACGUGUCCGAAUAAUUUUGAAUGUUUUGUCGGACGAGAACCAAUUUGUGGACCAGCAAAUGUUGAAGAUGAGGAUAUGAGACAAUGUUAUAAAGAUUUCAUCACAACUCCGGGACCAUCGACGACAACGGAAGAAAUUUCGUCGAGCACAUCAAAUGAACUUUCAAGCUCAACAUCAAGUGGAAGUUCAAGUUCAACUUCUAGCUCUAGUUCAACAGAAACAACGGUACCAGGUGUCUCUACGGAAAGUCCAAAAUCUUAUGCUGAAAGAUAUUGCAAACGUAGACAACAAUCUGGGUCGUUUGAAAGUCCAUUUUCAGAUGAUUGUAAAGAAUACAUCGAAUGCCGUCGAGUGCGCUCUGAAUGGAUUGGAAAUGUUGGAAAAUGUCGCAGUAAUUUACUUUUCAACCCCGCUAGCGGAUUUUGUGUUUUACCAACUUUCUUUGCUUGUCGAUAA